AUGUCGCGCGUGUCCGACGGAUUUGAUUGCGGUGCUUGUGAAAGGCCGAACUCGGUGUAUGACAUGGUGCAGUGCGAUGCCUGCUCCAUAUGGUACCAUAUGGAUUGUGCGGAAGUGACGCCGGGAGUGUCGAACAGGGAAUGGUUCUGCGAAACGUGUACUUUGUCGGGCACUAGUUCACUGCAGGCCGUUGACGCGACUAAAAAGAGCAGCAAACAAGUAACGGCGAAAUCCAAGAAAGGAAAAGCUGUUACUAGCAGCCAGGGCUUGGAAAAAUCGAAUGAAAUUUCAGGCGUAUCCAGUUCAAGGAACGGGCGGAUGACUAGCGAUGGUAAAAGCAAAAGUAAGCCGCUGACUUCCAGUUGUUUUGCGGGAGGUUUACCGCCCGGUGGCGAAGUUUCUGGCGAUUGUGGCACAUCGCGUGCUACGGCACUGGCGUCUGACAAUGUUGCGAGAAAUCUACCGUUAGGUGGAGCGACUUUGGCCGGAUGCGGUACUUCUAGGGAGAAGGUACCAAGGACCGGCGAUAUUGCGAAGCGUUUACCGUUGGGUGGUGCGUCUUCGGCCGAUCUUGGCACUCCUAAGAAACAUCCAGCGCACCAGAAACGAGCGAAUACCUUGGGGGGGUCUGCGAAAUCAAGUACUUCCAGCUCUCGAGCUCUAGCGCAGUUAGCCCUGCAGCGGUUAGAGGAGAAAAGGAAGAUUGAAGAGCAGAAGCUAGAGUUGCAGCAAAGAGGAUUGGAGAAGGAAAAAGAGCGAUUGCAGAAGGAGAAAGAGAUAGAGAGCAAGAGAAAUUUUGGAGCGAACUACGGUUCGCGAUAA